AUGAACCGAAACGCAAGCUUUUGGGACGACCGGUUCGAGCACUCGGCCGAUCUCGCCUACGGAGCACUCCCCAACAAGUUCUUGGUCGAGACAAGCCAUCACCUCAAACCGGGCUCCAAGAUUCUCUCGCUCGGCGAAGGAGAGGGUCGAAACGCCAUCUAUCUCGCACAACAGAGCCACUUGGUCCACUGCGUCGAUUUUUCCAGGGUCGGUCUUGACAAGGCAGCCAGCUGGGCCAAGCAGCUCGGCCUGUCGGCGCAAAUCAGCACCGAGGUCGCUGACGUCGCAAGCUACAAGAUUCACGAGGAUGCCUGGGACGCCGUCAUUCUGUUCUGGUGCCAUUUGCCGACCCAAGUCCAGAAGGAUGUCCAUCGCAGGAUGGUCAAGGGCUUGAAAGCCGACGGGUUGGUUAUCCUGGAGGUCUACAGCCCCAAGAACGUUGGCCGAGGCACCGGCGGCCCUGAAACGGCAGAACGAUGCACCGACAUCGACAAUCUGCGCGAGGGCUUCGCAGGCCUUGCAAUCGAGCGUCUGGAAGAGAGCGAGCAUAUGAUUUCCGAGGGACAGUUUCACCAAGGCCUAUCGGUCAGUGUCCGGCUCCUGGCCCGAAACGACCAUGGUCACUCCACCCAAUGCCCUCAAGACUGA